AUGAGCACAAUUGUCAGGCAUUUUCUCCCCGACGCUGUUCUGGAUAAGGAGAGCCUCCGGCAACUUGUGACGCAGCUGCACCAAGAUGACAACAACCGCAGCAGUAAUGACAGCAAUGACAAGAACACAACUCCUGCCAACAAUACAUCGAGCGCAGCAGACUGUCAUCAUCAAACGCAAGUCGGUGGGGUCAAUACAGGCUUGCGAAGUCCACUACCAGCAACAGCUCUAGUUGAGGCAGGUCUACUUACGUCCGUCGAAACCGCCGUCCAGUUACAGCCUGCUUCAAGAAGAUCCCCAGACCGGACGACAUCAGAGCCUUACCUGCAGCGCUAUGACUGUCCCAAUGAACUGGAACAGGGGGAUGCCGGCCUUGAACCAGUUUCGGCGGCGAAGCUGGCCGAGUAUGCUUGCCACCACUCAAUAUCAGCAUUCGAUGCGGCACAGACAUGCUCACCAGAGAGCACCAGAGCUUCUUGGACAAGCGAAACAGAGCCGACCGAGAGCAUGGCUCGUGUGGAAUUGAUGAAUAUUACAAGAUACGACAGCGGCACCAGCUGGACUGCGUUCUUCCGCAAAAUACAUUCUACUAAGGGGCCCAAAUAUAGCGACGCGCUCGGGGGCUCUGUCUUUAGGUUCGAUGAGCUGACUGGCAGCAAGCAAGUCGACCAAGUUCAGCCUACAGAUCUCCCACCCAGGGCCGAGUUUGAGCGAGCGUCCUUGAAGUUCUUCGCCGAGAUCAAUUGCGUAAACUAUAUUUUGAGCUAUGAGCAGUUUUACGUCUAUAUGUCCGACUGCUUGGAUCAAAGGCACCCGCUCAGCCAUGGGGUAUUCAUGCUCUUGUGUUUGAUACUCUCAUUUGACUCCAAGUACGAGGAGUUCUUUUCCAAGGCAUGUGAACAUGUUGAGUAUACAUUUGAGGAAGGAAGUAUAGCCAGUGUAGAGUCUCUAAUGCUUCUCGCUUUGUGCCGGCUGAACAGAGAUCAGAGAAACUUGGCCUGGAUCACUCUUGGUUGCGCGUCCAGGAUUGCGCAGUCGUUGGGGCUGCACUUGAAGGAAUCGUGCUGGGAAGAAAAGUCUCCUUCUAUUAUUGAGAGUCGAAAACGUUUAUGGUGGUCUCUUUACGACCUGGAAAUUUGCCUCGCAUAUCGUCUUGGAAGAAACCCCGGGAUCAAUCCCGCAUUCUGCAGUUUGGAUAUCCCGUCUCAGGCGAUGUUGAACAUGACUCCAUACACUCCUCCAGAUUACCACAGAGCCGUCGCUCAGCUGAGCAAGAUCACUUACAUGAUAGUACAGGACCUAUACGGGCCGAGGGCGGCGCAAAUCUGCCUUGACAGUCGUGCCGAGGAGAUUUUGAGUGACAUACAGUGCUUUUGGAACGGAUUGCACGAGUAUCUAAAGCCCGGGGCCCCGUUAGCCGCAUCUCAUAGUCGGGCCGUCCACUACCUCGGACUCCGCUAUGAGUACACCAUUCUGGUUGCGACAAGGCCGUCGGUGGUCUCUUGUUGGAAGUCCUUCGGCUCUUGCAGCGACCGCUUGAUGCAACGUGUACAACUGUGCGAAGCAGCCAACAGAAGGUCCCUCUUACUCCUCAAGAGAAUGGCUCAAGAAGGCUUAUUUAGUCAACAAAACUUCCUGGAUGCGACUUAUGUGCUUGCCAACGCUCUGAUUUUGCUGUUGAGGCUCGUCAAAGACCCUUCAAGAGAACUCCUCAUGGAAGCGGAUGAAUAUUGCCUCCUCAUCGACAUGACCCAGCAUCUGAACAUCGGCAGGGUGACAAAACGUCAUUUCGAAGAGACCACACGUGAAAUAAGGUCAAGACUUGGCUUAGGAGGAGAGUUGAGCACUUCGAGAGAUAUGUCCGUAAAUGAGCUUCUCGAGAACUUUAUGGGCGUGAAUGAAUGCAUAUGGCCGACAUGGCCUUUCAAUGAUGUUGACGAGGUGGACUUGACCACGGCCAUACCUUGA